GUUUUAUCUUCAAAAAGGAUGAGAGGACGAGUUUGCAGCUCAGAACGGUUGCUCCUUUGAACUGUGCAAAUCAACUCUACAAGAAUGACUCAAGAGAAUCGCGAAGGGAAAUGCUCUAUUCUGAACCAUCUUAAUGCUCUGCUAGACUCAGCAUUGGAUCCUAAUCUGGCUGGAAGGGGAUUAUUCUGCCCUCCACAAUCAAGUCAGCCUCCUCCAACAACCUACUACAAUAAUCCAUAUUUUAGCUCCUAUUAUCAAGUCACACCGCCGGACUCACGAUCUGCAAGCCCCAUGAACUAUGAAGACAAGUUAUCUGAACAUCUAUUGCAUAACUUAGCAACGUCAAGUGUCAUGGGUACUCCUUCACCUCCAGGGAGUAUGCCAUCAUCUCCAAUGGGUUUCAAGUCCUCCCAGUCUCCUUGUGCUGCAUUCCCAUUCUCCCCCCUGACACCAGACAGUGACAUCAGCCCCAUCAGACCUUCGUACAGUGGAGUGCUGAUGUCUGGGGAUUCCACUGCCAGGCAGCAGUUGUUUCGAGCUUCUGCUUCUCAAGUUGAGCAGGACUUAAUGGCAGUUACAGGAAGAAGCUUGCUUACUGACCCCCGGUGGGGUAGUAGCAAGAUGUCUGGUUUCCUUGGUGAUCUGACAGGACAGGAUUGGCUUCAACGUCAGUCACUCUUACAGCAAGCCCCAGAUUUCAUGAGAUUGAACAUGAAGAAAUGGUCUGGUCAACUGCCUCGCAGGAACUACAAGAAUACAAGCUACUCAUCCAAAGUAUUCCUGGGUGGAGUCCCUUGGGAUAUCACUGAAGCAUCAUUGCUGCUGUCAUUCAAGCCAUUUGGUAACGUGAAGAUUGAAUGGCCUGGUAAAGCAGAUGGACGUCACUUACAUCACCCACCUAAAGGUUAUGUGUAUCUAAUCUUUGACUCAGAGAAGUCUGUCAAGGCUUUAUUAACCUCUUGUACUCAUGAUUUCACUAAUGGAGGAGAUUGGUAUUUCAAGAUAUCCAGCAGACGAAUGAGAUGUAAAGAGGUACAAGUGAUUCCCUGGGUGUUGUCAGACACCAAUUAUGUACGUGGCCCUCAUCAGCGUCUGGAUACCAGUUGGACCGUGUUUGUUGGUGGUCUUCACGGCAUGCUUAACGCGGAGGGGCUUGCAUACAUCAUGAAUGAGCUGUUUGGUGGAGUAGUGUAUGCUGGGAUAGAUACCGAUAAACACAGGUAUCCCAUAGGAUCUGGUCGCGUGACAUUUGACAACCACAAGAGCUUCAUGCAGGCUGUACGGGCUGGUUUUAUCGAGAUAGAGACACCUAAGUUCACAAAAAAGGUACAAGUAGACCCUUACUUGGAAGACUCUCUAUGUGAGACAUGUCAUGCUACCCAAGGCCCAUUCUUCUGCCGUGAGGAAUCGUGCUUCAAGUACUACUGUCAUUCCUGUUGGAUGUGGCAUCAUUCAAUCGAGGGUUACCGUGACCACCGACCACUGACACGCACCAGCAAGUCUGCAGGCUCUCCCAUGUAGACUCAAGACAGGUACAAGUCUUUGGUUGACUGAUAUUCAAGAGAUGUUUACAGGUUUUGUUAAUGGUAACGUAUCAUGUAUGGUAAAAAUUAAGGUCGACCUCUUAUACCUUGUUGCUAGGAGAUGGUUAGUUCUCUUUGCGUUGCCAUAGCGACCUGUUGUGAUGGUGAUGUGGUGUGUUUGUAAAUAGUUUUGUUUUCAAGUGUUUUCAAGCCAUGUUUAUUGAUCAUGACGGGGUUUUCCUUUGAGAUUUUUGAGAUAUUUUCCCAGCUCUUACGGUUAACUUAAUAUGCAUUUGAGGCUUCGUCCUUAUGAGUGCUUUGCACGUGACCUACACGUGACAUGCAUGUAAUCUACACGUUACAUGCACGUGAUUUACGUGUGACCUACACUUGACAUGCACUUGACAUGAACGUGAUCUACAUGUGACAUGCACGUGACCUACACGUGACGUGCGUACACGUGACCCAGGUCUAAGUGCAUUAUUUUCAUACAUUUGGAACUUUUCAGAAUAACAGAAUAAGUCUUAGAUGUGGGAUUGUUCCAUUACUUUAUUAUUCUCGCUUGUUAACUUUUUUUUGGCCGAAAAACACGACUUUUUCAACUUAAAAUGAUAUGAAUUUGACCGGCCGAGCACCUAGCAGCAGUGCCGUGAAUAGAGCCGGAUCGAGCUAACAGAGCUGGUCUUGUGUUUUUGCAUGAGAUGUACAUAUUCCUUUAAUUCUUGCCCAGGAACUUUUUGAAAUGCAGAUAUUCAGACCUAUCAACCAGAUAGCUAGUUUUUAAAAUAUUUAUGAUCAAAACAGAAAAUAAACAUCGUUAGCUUUUUUCCUUUUUGUAAAAUUAUUUGACAAUUUCUUUUAAUUUCAUAUUUCCUUUCUAAGUUUUCAUAGCUCAUUUUGAAGUUUAGCUCGGGGGGAGGGGAGGAAGGAGUUUGUUGUAUUCCCCCACCCCUCUACACAUAGUAUUGUUUAGUUUAUUAUGGCACUCGGGUUUUAUGGAUAACUUUGCGUGUGAAUAACACAGUUCUUUGAGUGAAUGGUUUUAUAUGUUUGUGAGCGCAGUUGAAUAGUAUAAUAUUUAUCGUCUUUUAAGAUUUCAUUUGUCAGUCUUGUAAUAACUUAUUAAUUGACUUGGAAAGGAAU